AUGGUUUUAGACACUUUGGACAUCUCAAUUAUCGGGAUUUUAGCUCUUGCCGUAGCUUUCUACUUUGGUAAGGACUACUUCGGCAAGAGCAAUGCUGCUUCUGCGGGAUUUGUGGCGGCAGGUUCAGAGGACAAUGAUCGUGAUCUCGUUAAAACAUUAAAGAAUAACAAGAAGAAUGCCGUUGUGUUUUUCGGAUCUCAAACUGGCACUGCUGAAGAUUACGCCAACAAGUUGGCGAAGGAUUUGCAUUCAAAAUUCGGUCUAUCUGUUUUAACUGCCGAUUUGGCCGACUAUGAUUACGACACCUUGCAAGAUUUAGAACCUGAAACACUCCUCUUUUUCAUGAUUGCGACCUAUGGAGAGGGAGAGCCAACUGACAAUGCUGUGGAAUUCUUCAACUGGUUAGAAAGCGAAGCUGACCAAAUGGCCAAUAUGAAAUACACCGUCUUCGGCUUGGGCAACUCUACUUACGAAUUGUUCAAUGCUAUGGGAAAGAAGUUGAAUGAGAAACUUGAGAAUUUAGGUGCUGAAAGGAUAGCUCCUUACGGACAAGGUGAUGAUGGUGUUGGAACAAUGGAUGAAGACUUUUUGUCUUGGAAGGAAGCAUGUUUUGACUCUUUGAAGAAUGACUUGAAUUUGGACGAACACGAACUGGUCUACGAACCUUCCUUCGAAUUAAUUGAAGAAAAUGUAUUGUCUGCUGACGACGAAGGAGUCUCUGCUGGUGAACCAAAUAGGGCCUACAUUAAUAUGGAUGGUGACCUUACUAAAGGUCCCUUUGAUCACACACAUCCUUAUUUGGCGAAGGUAUCGAAGAGUUUCGAGUUAUUCAAUUCCAAAGAUAGGUCGUGUGUUCAUGCGGAAUUCGAUAUUUCAGAAUCUAACUUGAGAUAUACUACUGGUGACCAUCUUGCAAUUUGGCCGUCUAACUCAGACGAGGAUGUUAACCGCUUUUUGAAAUGUUUCGGCCUCGAACUGAAAGCUGAUGAAGUUUUUUCAUUGAAGAAAUUAGACUCAACCGUUCAUUUCCCUUUUCCGACCCCUAUAACAUAUGAAGCUGCAAUCAGACAUCAUAUGGAGAUUUCAGGACCAAUUUCAAGACAGACGCUUGUUAACAUUGCUCCGUUUGCUCCAAAUAAUAAUGCCAAAGAAGCAUCUCUAAAACUAGGAAGUGACAAGGAUGCGUUUGCUAAGGAAAUCUCAUCUAAAUUCUUGAACUUAGCGGAUGCUCUCUUAAGAAUUUCUGAAGGUGUUAUUUGGGAGUCUGUUCCCUUUGUUUUCUUGAUUGAGCUUAUUGCAAGCUUGCAACCGAGAUACUACUCUAUUUCUUCGUCCUCGUUAUCUGAAAAGACAUCUAUUCAUGUCACUGCAGUGGUUGAGGCCGAAGAACAUGCUGGACAUAUAGUUACCGGAGUUGCCACCAACUUGUUGAAAUUCAUCGAAGUCCAGCAGAACAAAUCAGGUGGCCAUGUGUAUGCUUCCUACGAUUUGAAUGGACCAAAAGGAAAAUUUAAGAAAUUUAAGCUUCCAGUUCAUGUUAGAAGGUCGACUUUCAAAUUGCCCUCUAACCCUUCUACCCCAAUUAUUUUGGUUGGCCCUGGUACUGGAAUUGCCCCUAUGAGAGGGUUCAUUCGUGAUAGGAUUGCACUUUUGCAAAAUUCAGAGAAUGCUAAAGUGGGAAAGAUCAAUCUCUUCUAUGGAUGCAGAAAUAGAGAUGAGGACUACCUUUAUAAGAGUGAAUGGCCCGAAUACGCUCAGAAACUUGGUGAUAAGUUCGAAAUGGACGUCGCUUUUUCUAGAGAGGACAAAUCAAAGAAAGUUUAUGUCCAGGAUAAAAUUUCUGCCAAAUCUAAGGAGAUCAACGCAUUAUUGGAAGAGGGCGCAUUCAUUUAUGUCUGUGGUGAUGCUUCCAAGAUGGCUCGUGAUGUUCAAGCAGUCUUUGUGAAUAUCAUUUCGAAGGAAAGAGGCUUGCUGUUAGAGAAGGCUUCGGAUCUUGUUAGAUCGCUCAAGGUGCAGAACAAGUACCAAGAGGACGUAUGGUGA